CAUCUUCUCCCUCAUGUCCCCAGUCUCCUCCAGUCUCACUUCCCCCUUCAUUGCCUAGUCUUAUAAAACAUCGAGGGGCACUCCUGCGAGAGGUUCGCACCCCGCCGCGCGUCACUGAGCCCACUAGGCUCGGCCCCUCCCCUUUCCCCGACCUCCGGCGGAGGCCGGCCCCUCCCGUUGCACCGCCUUCGGCCCGCGCCCCGCACGUUAAGCCCUCCCGGUCCCCCUUGGCUCCAUCCGCCGCUGGGACGCGCCGCUCGGGGGCUGGGGCUGAGACCGCCGCUUCGCUCACCUCCGUUCGGGACCAUGACCUCUGAGGUGGCGCGGCACUUGCUUUGUCAGUCUAACAUGGCAGCAAAAUCUUGUAUUCCCUCCCAAGUAUCUGAUGAUGAACAGAGACAAAAAAGAGAAAAUAUUCGUUCUUUAACUAUGUCUGGCCAUGUUGGUUUUGAGAGUUUACCUGAUCAGCUGGUCAAUAGGUCCAUUCAGCAAGGCUUCUGUUUUAAUAUUCUCUGUGUUGGGGAGACUGGAAUUGGAAAAUCAACGCUGAUUGAUACACUGUUUAAUACUAAUUUUGAAGAUAACGAAUCCUCACAUUUUUACCCACAUGUUAGACUUAAAGCUCAGACCUAUGAACUCCAAGAAAGCAAUGUCCGGCUGAAACUGACCAUUGUGAAUACAGUGGGAUUUGGUGACCAGAUAAACAAAGACAAGAGCUACCAACCAAUAAUUGACUAUAUAGAUGCUCAGUUUGAGGCCUAUCUCCAAGAAGAACUGAAGAUUAAGCGUUCUCUCUUUAACUACCAUGAUUCCCGUAUCCACGUGUGCCUCUACUUCAUCUCACCAACAGGCCACUCUCUGAAGACACUUGAUCUUUUAACCAUGAAGAGCCUUGACUGCAAGGUGAACAUUAUACCAGUGAUUGCCAAAGCAGAUGCAAUUUCUAAAACUGAGUUACAGAAGUUUAAGAUCAAGCUCAUGAGUGAAUUGGUCAGCAAUGGCGUCCAGAUAUACCAGUUCCCAACAGAUGAUGAAAGUAUUGCUAAAAUCAAUGCUUCGAUGAAUGGACACUUGCCAUUUGCUGUUGUAGGAAGUAUGGAUGAGGUAAAAGUUGGAAAUAAGAUGGUUAAAGCUCGCCAGUACCCUUGGGGUGUCGUACAAGUGGAAAAUGAAAACCACUGUGACUUUGUAAAGCUCCGGGAAAUGCUCAUUUGUACAAACAUGGAGGAUCUUCGAGAACAGACCCACACUAGGCACUAUGAACUUUACAGGCGUUGCAAACUGGAGGAAAUGGGCUUUACUGAUUUUGGCCCAGAGAAUAAGCCGCUCAGUCUUCAAGAGACCUACGAAGCUAAAAGACAUGAAUUUUAUGGUGAACGACAGAGGAAGGAAGAAGAAAUGAAGCAGAUGUUUGUGCAGCGAGUAAAGGAAAAAGAAGCCAUACUGAAAGAAGCCGAAAGAGAGCUGCAGGCCAAAUUUGAGCACCUUAAAAGAGUUCACCAAGAAGAGAGAAUGAAGCUUGAAGAAAAGAGAAGACUUUUGGAAGAAGAAAUCAUCUCUUUCUCUAAAAAGAAAGCUUCCUCCGAGAUAUACCAGAACCAGACCUUUAUGGCAACGGGCUGCAACCUGAAGAAGGACAGGGACCGAAAGAAGAUCAGUAAUGCCCAGUUUCUGGAAGGUGGGAGCAGGAGAGUCGGUGAGUCCCUGAGGGCAGGUAGCAUGUCGUACAGCGCCCAGCCAGUGCCACAGCGCUAAGUGUUACCCAAGGAGAGUGUCAUCCCAGAAGCUCAGUGACGUGAUGUGAACGGUGGUUAUUUGUAGCCAUACUAUAGCAAACUCUGUAUAAAACAGCUAUUCUAAACUUUAAUAAAGUUACUUUUAAAUGCCAGAUUGGUUGUUGGCAUGUUAAAACAAAGUUAUUCAACUUUUAGUUGAAUAGAUUACGGACAGCUGCCUAAGACUCUGCACUUAACAGAAGGAUAGUCAUUUUGUACUAUACUAAUGAGUCUGCUUUGAGAAAGACACAUUACAUAUGUUUCAACCACAACGUGAAUCUUUAAUUUAUUUCAUGUAUUUGGGGUUCCAUACGCAAUUUUAUUUUAGAAGAGUUACACGGCAAAAAAAAAACAACAAAAAAAACCCACUUUAAAAACAAUUGCAUUAUAAUGUUAAAUUCUCCUUACAAAGUCCUUAUUAUCCACUGGUGCUUAAAUUAAUAAAUUUCCUGGGAACAAAAUUAAGCUAGAAAUGUUUUUGUUUAAUUUUUUUUCCCAUAAAGCACGUGACACAGAAUUGCCUCUCACUACCAACCAUUAAGUUUUGUAUGUACUACUCUGAUUUCUAAAGCUCUUUCACAUAAACUAUGAUUUCAGCUUUAAAACAACACAAAGGAAGCAGCAUUACAGGUAUUAUUAUUAUCCCCAUUUUGAAGAGGAACUCAAUUUAGUCCCAAUGUUCCUCUUGGGCCAGGAGGCUAUCCAUGACCUCACAGAGGGAGCAUCCAUAAUAGUGACAAGACAGAGCAGAUCGGUGCGUAGAGGACUCUCAUGAGGGUUUUUUCCUGUACCACAGAGCACGAGGAAGCAUCCAGGGAUGUGACUGGGUUUUAAAAGAUUAGAAGCAAUUUUUCAGAUGUAGAAAUGGAGAAAGGCAAUCCAGGUGCAAGGAAUAGCAUAUUUUUGAUAAACCUAUAGACUCUGGAAAGUGACUAAAUAUGAAUAGUGAGUACAGGGGAGAUGUGAGGCAUGAAUAAUGGUGAGGUUUUAGAAAAAGAGUUUGUAAGGGCAAUCUGGCAGCCAGUGGGAGCCAUGGAAAGAUCUGACCUUGUGUGGUCAGAUACUUCUCCAGAGUUCAUGGGAAGAUAUACUGGGGGAGGAGGGACUAUCGCAGGGGCAGGCCUACUCAUCAGAGAGGCUACAGUCUAGGCCCGUAGUUCUUAACACUGAGUAUACAAUAAAAUAACAUAAGUGAUGUUUAAAAAAAAAUACUGAUGCAGAAGGGAAUGUAUAGUAAUGGUGGUCAUUAUAUGGAUAAAUCUGAUGACUAUAAAACAAUGUGUCUCAUGGAGUUAGAAAUACAUAAAGAACUAAAAUAUAACAUUACAGUGGCAUAUAAGUUGGAAGAGCAGGGUUAAUCAAGUGAUCUAAGGUUCUCAUGUUAACUGGGAAGAAGAUAAAAGUCCCAGUCAGCCAGGUAACGUGAGACUUAGUAAGAGCGCAUUCAGGUGUGGUGAACUAUAAUUUUUGAGUAGUAGAAAGAAAAAUAGUCUAAUAAAUGGUAAGCCAAAAGAAAACAAGAAAAUAAAGGAAAUAAGAUAGUUAUGACAACCAGAAGACAUUUAGUAAUUUGGUAGAUUUAGACCCAAAUAAAUUAGUAAUUACAUAUACUUCAUGGUCUAAUUUCCUUUGGAUAAAAGUUUUUAAAAAUCAGCAGUAUACACUUCACAAGAGGGGUCUAAAACUUUCUGUCUUUAUAGACAAGAUAAGAAAAGGAACAUCUUGCAAACCCUAAUCCAAAGCUAAUGUGUAGCUAUAUUUUCUAUAUAUUAAAAAAGUUUUAAGACAAAAAGCAUCGUUAUGGAUGAAGAUGUACACUUCAAAUAACAGAAUAUAUAACAAUUCCAAAUGUGUUUGUAAUGUAGUAGCCUCAGCAUAUUUAAAGCAGGAAUUGAAGAGAAUACAUGGAGAAAUAAGCGAACCCACACGGAGAUUUUAAUAACACCUCUUUUAUAUGAUAGAAUAAGCAGACCAAAAAUUAGUAUAGAUAUGGGACACUUGAAAACUUUUAACGGCCUUGGCCAGGUAAGCAUAUAUAGAACAGUAUACCCAAGAAUCACAGAAUACAGAAUUUUCAAGUACACUCAGAACGUUUAUGAAAAUUGACUAUGUUUAACUUUAAAGCAAGCCUCAAUACCUUCUAAAGGAUUUACAUCAUAUGCACUGUGUUCUCUGAUCAUAAUGUAAUUGAUAGAAAUCAAUAGCUAAAAGAUUCUCGUACAUUUCGAUCUUAAGACAUAUACUUCUAAAUAACCCAUGGUCAUAGAAGAAUUCAAAAAGGAAAUUAGAAAACACUUUGAACUGAAUGAUAAUGAAAAUACUGUGUGCUUGCAAGAAGUGGCUAAAGUCAAAUUAGAGUCAAAAUUAAUAGUCCAAAAUGCUAGUAUUAGGAGGCAGGGAAAGGCUGAAACCAAUGCUUUACACGUUCACCUCAAGCAGUUAUGAAAAGAAGAGUAAACCCAAAGAAAAAUAAUAAAGAGAACAAGAAUUAAUGAAAUAGAAAAAAAUAUCAAAUGUUCUUAUAUUUAAGAGAUUAUUAAGGGUGAUAAACCAUGACCAGAAAGACCAAGAAGAAUGAAAACAGGCAUAGAAUGGCUAAAAUUAAAAAUAAAUAACCCAACACUACCGGAAAAAAAAAAAAA